CAAAAAGAUAUCUUUACAAAAACACAGUGACAAAGGACACAAAAAAAAAAAAAAAAAGACUCGCUUCCCAAACUCAAAGAAAAGACCCAAACCCAAAGCCCCUUUUUCCCUCUCUUUCUCUCUCUUUCUCUGUCUGACUCUGAGAAACAAAGUCUCUGAGUAAUAAUGGCGGCAGAGAAACAAUACCCACCUGAAGAAAACCAAGAAGAAGAAGAUCGUGAAGCGGAAAAAGCAGCUAAAGAAGAAGAAAUAGUGGAGGAAGUGAAGAAGGUAAUGUGUUCGUACCUGGGUGUGAGCUUCUGUGUCUUCUUAGCAUUGGCUCCGAGGAAUUGGAGGGAGUUACAGAGGCAAGUUAGAGAACUAACUAGUCGGCUAUGGCAAGCUGAAGAGCAAGUGAAGCAAAUGAGAUCGAGAAGGAAGGAAGAUUCCAAAGCCAAUGCGAGGGUGGUCGAGAUCUUUGCAAGUCACCGAAACAAAUGGCAAGAGGAAGAGAAACGGCUUCUUAACCAGAUCGACGAGGCGAACCAGGAAGUUGCCCAUCUCAACGCUAGGAUUGCUGAUUUCGAGAAAGCCGAAGCUGACUCAAGGGUUCGGAUCCUACACCUGGAAAGAGAGCUCGCUGAGAGGGACGAAAUGAUCGGGUUCAUGUCGAGGACUGGUGGUGAUGGUGGUGGUGGGUCGGAGUUUGAGGAACAUUCCGGUGGUGGUGGUUUCCAGACGGAGUGGUAUGCUUCCGGCGGUGGGGUCAAGGAGGAUUAUGGUGGUGGGUUGGAGACGGAAAGAGAGUUGGAGGAUUUGAGCGUUUUGUAUGAACAACAUCUGCAGCUUCAGAGUCAGCAUUCAAAUGGGUUUGACUCGGAGCUGUUUUCUUCGGCUUCUAAGCUGUGGGCGGAGAGAGCUAGUGUUUGGCAGGAUGUACAGUAUGAAUCUCUUGAAUCAAUGUAUAAUAGAAAGCAUUUUGUAGCAAGAAGGGAGUCCCCUUGGAAAGUAGAUGGUGAAUCAACAGGAGUAUCUUCGAAGCUAAAAGUACUUGAAGAGGAGCUACUGAACUUGGAAAAAGUUGGUAAGACUGAUAUAUCAAAAGUUCCAUCGUUGAUGAGGAAGCAGGCAAAGAGAUAUCAAGCUCUUGCUGGGAAGAUAGAUGAUCUAUGCAGAAGAAUGGCUAGUGAUCCCUGCGAGCCCACCCUCACCACAGAAUUCAGAACUCAAAGGCAAACCGAGUUCUUGCUUGAAGCAUUUCGACUUCAACAGCGGGCAUCAGAAACCGGUCAGAAGUUGAUGGCAUUACAGACUGAGAUUGGAAAGAGUUACCACGGGGAUGAGCUAGGGAGCCAGGCCAAGCUUACCACAAAACGGUCUCUGGACUCCAUUAGAAACAACUUCAAAGAAAUCCAGAGAAAUUUAGAGAUAUGGUUGGCCAGAAUUAUUGGAGAUCUUGAAGGGAUUCUAGCAAGAGAUGGUGCAUCCAGAGUAAGGGAAUAUUAUAUUUCUAGAAACCCUUUUGUUCAGUAGAAUCAGGGACCGCUAAUCUCAAAUCUCCAUCCAACAAAUAAGAGUUUUCUUUUGCUCUUUUUGUAUGUAAUCUGAUCCAAGCCAUAAAAAUGGCUGUUAGAUGUCCAAUGGAAAUUGAAUCUUCCCACUUUGCUAAUGGUAGAAUCUGAAAUGUAUUUUGUUA